AUGCCCCUAUUUUGCCCUCUGCAGCUCAUUCAGUUCAUCCUAUCUCUACCAGUACCUACCAUUUACCACCCCCAUCAAACCUGGCGGACUAGGUACAAGUUACCGAGCAUAGUCAAAAAGGGGCAAAAGAUCCAGAACCGCUACAAAAUGUCAAUCAACCCUCAGGGCAGGGAAGUCGAAGAGGAGCAAAGUGCUGCAAAGGAGAACAAUAUUGGCUCUCCAAUAAUUGCAAAUAACAUAGCAAUAGGAAUAGAAUCUAAAGAAAAAGAAACUCAAGUUGUCCCAACAAUUGAAGAGAAGGGAACUCAGGGAGUUGAUGUGGAAAAUGAUGCGUCAUCAACUGUUGGCAUUCCAACACGGGGCUUCGAGGGAAUGAUGGACUGCGUGCAUAUUGAUCCUCCCUCCCAAUCUCAGGGGGUUGGGUCUGAGGAGGUGCAGCAUACGGUUGGAACAACAAUGUGCUUAUUGAAUAAACAAUCUUUUUCCUCUACAUCUUCCUCUUUCCUGGUAGAGCAUUCAUAUGAACCUAGAGGAAAUCAAAUCUGCACAGUGGACGAUGAAAGUGGGCUGAUAAGGGAUAAAGAGCCACUAGACAAGGGCUUUUAUUCUGACCAAGAUAGUUUAGAGAUCUGGGCUAAUUUAAGUGAGGCUGCUAAUGAUGAUGAAGCUCAAGGAAUGAUCCUGCUUAACCAAGUUAUUAAUACCAUUUCAGAAUUCAGUACUGGGUGCUUCCCCAGAGGCACAUGGUGUUCACUCCAAGGCAAAGGAAGGUAUAAUGGGGAUGGAGUUUCUGCGGGCUCUAAAGGGGUGCACUGUUCACGUGCUGCUAUUGGUCUUCAUUUGGUUUAUGAUGGGUUGCUGCGGGUUCUCUGUUGGUUUUUAUGUCUUCUUAGAUGUUUUCCAAGGUCCAUUACUGCUGGUCUUCUACAGGCUUUCAAUUGGUUUUUUAGCUGGAAUUUAGUUGCUCUUCCAGCUGAAUUUUCAGCUGCUUCAUUCUCAUUUGUUGUGGAUGUUGGAAUGUUUGCGGGUUCCCCUGCUGGUCUUUUGCGGUGGCCUGCCCUUUUUUGGUCAGCGGUUGGGCUUUUCACCCGGGCUUUUGCUGGUUUUUCCCUACUUCAGCUAGUUUCUUGCCUGCUGGUAACCAAGGCUCAUUUUGUUGCUUCUGUUGGGGAUGCUGGAGAUGGUUUUUCUCAGCUGGCUUGGGGUUUAGGGUUUAAGGAUCCUUUGGGAUGUAAUAACACCAUUCCUAUGCCUCUUAUACCUCAAUCGAAUGUUGACAAGCCGACUGUUCAGAUUUUUCCUUCGACUGUGUCGAUUGUGGCAUCUUCGUCUGAGUUAGGAAUUCAGGUUCCUUUUGAUUCCUUAAUUGUUCAAAAUACUCAAGGUAUUAACCUACAAGCGAAAUCCUCUUUGAAUUCCGAAUCCAUUUUGAACUUGAAAGAUCCUUUGAUGGAUCGAACUUCCUCAAACAUCCAGAUCUCUGUUCCUGAGAAAGGAAUUCAGAUUCCAGCUAUUACUUCGAAUGUUCAAAAUCCUUCUGGUAUUAACCUACAAGCGAAAUCCUCUUUGAAUUCCGAAUCCAUUUUGAACUUGAAAGAUCCUUUGAUGGAUCGAACUUCCUCAAACAUCCAGAUCUCUGUUCCUGAGAAAGGAAUUCAGAUUCCAGCUAUUACUUCGAAUGUUCAAAAUCCUUCUGAGAUCAAUUCCUUAACACUUGUUGAUCUUUUGGGAUGUAAUAACACCGUAACUAUGCCUCUCGUAACUCAGCUGAAUCGAAAUUCACCGACUGUUCAAAUUGCCUCUGUUCUCCCUUCGGCUGUGUUAUCUUCAACAAAUAAUCAAUGCUCGUCAUCUGGAUUAGGAAUGCACAUUCCUGCUGAUUCUUCGAAUGUUCGAAAUGCUCAAGGAGUUAAUCUGCAUUCCCAUUCUGUUUUGAUUCCUCCACCUAAUUCAUCUCCUCAAGAUCCUUCGACUGACCGACUUCUGCCAAAAACUCAGAUCCAGAUUCCUGGAAGAGAUUCUCAAGUUCCUCUUGUUACAACGAAUGCUCAAAAUCCUUCUACUAUUCAAAUUCCUUCAUCUCCAAUUCUAUUUGGUUCCUUGAAUGCUGUAAAUCCUCUGAAGCCUACUAAAAGAGUUGUGUUUAAUAAAGGGGAACCUGCUUCUGUUAUUAUGGUGAAUAUUGAUAAUGCUGCAAAUUCAAAUAAUACAACUGUUGAUGUUGAGGUGGGAAAUGCAAGGGUGAUUGGAAUGGAGGACAUGGAAAAUGGUAGGAAUAUGGCUGUAUUGGGGCAGACAUUCAGUGCUGAUAAGAAUACUGAUAUUGGAGCAUCUGCUGCUGAUAAACUGAUUACUGAUCCAGUUCCACAGGAGAUGAUCAAUGUGUGUAAUAUAGCAAAUGCUGCUUUGAUUAAUGAUGUUGUGGGAGUUGAGGCUUUCAUUAUAAAGCCUGGAUCAGCUGAUGACAUUAAGGGUAAGGAGUUAUUAAGAGAGCUGAAAAUUCAGAAUCCUUUUUCUUUAAUCAUUAAG